UCUCGUCAGCUGAUAGCAACCACUCAAACGUCCUCCCUCUCCACUCCCUGUGCAAGUUAACCUUACCGGCGCACUCUAACUAAAGCAAAGAAAACAUCUGCAUUAUUAACCAGGCUGCACUUCCUCGCACUCACUCUCCUUCUCUCUCCUCCCUUUCUCUCUCUAGCAGAAUGGAGUCUCGCGUGAUCAGCGGCGCCACUGUUCGCGGCAUUGCACUCCCCCCAAAGCCGGCAGCGAGGCUCACUGCAAACUGCAGUUUCCCUGCCUUGAAGGUCACCGGGAAACUCAGCCAAGGUGGAAACUUGAUAUGGGGGAGGCAGCUCCGACCAGCCAUUCUGCUCGAAGGCUCACCCGUUAGCGGGGUUUCUCCAGUGACGAAGAGGGAGACUCUCCGUCCGUGCUCCGCCGCGGCUUCAUCGCCGGCGGGGGGCAGCGAUUCCGCCGGGGGUGCUAAGGUCGGGUUCUUGGAGAAAUACCCGGCACUUGUCACCGGGUUCUUCUUCUUCAUGUGGUACUUUCUGAACGUGAUAUUCAACAUUCUCAACAAGAAGAUCUACAAUUACUUCCCCUAUCCUUACUUCGUGUCGGUUAUACAUUUAUUUGUUGGUGUUAUCUACUGCUUGUUAAGCUGGGCCGUCGGCCUCCCCAAGCGAGCUCCAAUUGACUCAAACCUGUUGAAGCUGCUCAUCCCUGUUGCUGUGUGCCAUGCUCUAGGCCAUGUAACUAGUAACGUCUCGUUUGCUGCUGUUGCAGUCUCCUUCACUCACACCAUUAAAGCCCUUGAGCCAUUCUUCAAUGCUGCGGCUUCACAGUUCAUACUUGGACAACAGAUACCUUUUACAUUAUGGCUGUCACUGGCUCCAGUCGUCAUUGGUGUGUCAAUGGCAUCACUUACGGAAUUGUCUUUCAAUUGGACGGGCUUCAUUAGUGCUAUGAUUUCCAACAUCUCUUUCACUUACCGGAGCAUCUACUCCAAGAAAGCCAUGACUGAUAUGGAUAGCACCAAUUUGUAUGCCUACAUUUCAAUUAUCGCCCUCAUUGUCUGCAUUCCACCUGCCGUAAUUUUUGAGGGACCUCAACUGAUAAAGCAUGGAUUUAGUGAUGCAAUUGCUAAAGUUGGUCUGACAAAGUUCGUCACUGAUCUUUUCUGGGUGGGAAUGUUUUACCACCUCUACAAUCAGCUGGCAACCAACACCCUUGAGAGAGUGGCACCGCUCACCCAUGCUGUUGGAAAUGUGUUGAAACGUGUUUUCGUGAUUGGCUUCUCAAUCUUGGUCUUUGGAAACAAGAUUUCACUACAGACUGGUAUUGGCACCUCCAUUGCUAUUGCUGGAGUUGCAAUGUACUCCUUCAUCAAGGCCAAGAUUGAAGAAGAGAAACGACAAAUGAAAGCAGCCUGAGCACUGAUUCAGGGACAUGGAACAAAUCUCAGUAUCAAGUUGCGACGAGAUCUUUAUUGCAAAAACAACUUGCGGCCUGAGAAAUUGUUUUGUUUACCAUUGUGUAAUUAGUUCGUCAAUUUUCGUUCUUUUAAAUUUCAGAUGUUCUCUGAUUCUCAAUUUCUUGGAGAAAAUGACUGGAAUAAUGUACCAAGUCCUCGUGUGGUCAAGAUUAUGAUCACAUGUGUUGAGGGUUGUCAUCAGAAUUUGAGGAUAAAAUGUGUGAAUAGUGUAUCUUCCGUGGGAACUGACUGUUCUGUGCUCCAUAUUUUGGUGCCACUGCAUGUUUCAACAUUUUGCCUGAGCCAAGUUUUUGAAUAAAUUUUCAAUUCCCAAA